AUGGUUUGGAGCGAGGAAGAAUCGCGCGUGGUUGAAUUUCAGCGGCUUUGGGACGAGCCCCUCUGGGUCGACCCCGAGACGGACGAAGGGAAGCAAGUGCUUGAACGCACGGCCGAACUCGCCUGGAAACAGCUCCAAUUCACCAAUGACACCAGGCUUACUAUCGUCGCCAAAGAGGGGACCCAACGCCAAAGCACCUACACUGAGGCGAGGUAUCCUAAGCUCACGCCAAAGACGUUGCGUGCUUUUUUGAGUUAUGCCAUUGGCAACGGGUACCAGCUUCACCACGUUGAGCUUGGCGACGUCACCGACGAACUUCCCGAUUUGGACAUCAAGAUGUUUGUGCGCCCCCUCCCCAACGACCCUAUUCUUCUGGAGCAGCCCCGGCCCGGGUUGGUGCCGGUGUACAAGCUUGAAAAGGCUAUUCCUGGGUUGCACCAGUCGCCAAGAAUCUGGUACGAAAAGCUCGACGAAGUGUUGGGGGAUAACGCCUGGCUCUCGUCGGAGGAGGCGCCAAGCACGUUCACCUGCAACCGGUACGACGAGAAUACGUUGCCGGUGGUGGCUGACGGCGACCACUUGAUUGCUGCUGAAAAGGACGAAGGCCAGUAUGAACGAUUUAAGGGUGUGUUGGAUUACGCUUUCGACAAUGAGGAUGUGGGCCCUCCUACGCGCUUAUUGGAUAUCAACAUCGCCUGUGACGACGAUGAAAUUCAUCUUAGCGAUGAGAUUAAGGUGGCGUCGCUUGUGAAGCAGUACAACAUCAAUUGUGACGAAGGGCCCACCGUCGACGAGCCCAUCCCAGCGAACUUUGACUGGUCGCAAUUGCGCAAUAAGGCCGAGUUGUUGGCAGAGAUGAGUGCCGAAGAGAUUGCUGAGGGCAAGCAGUGGGUGCAACUGCGGUUGGCUUCGUUGAAAGCGCUUGCCAAUAGCACUCGUUUCGACUUGAAUGAGGUGGUGGCAAGAUUGGAAGCUUAUCAAGAAUACCCUCAUCCUCGUAUCCAAAAACUUGUGCAACAAGUUCUCCUUUACGUGGCACAACACCCUGAGAAUGGCAUUGACAUGGGAUCCAAGCAGGAGGACAAGAAAACCAUCACCUGCAACGUCAGCACGACGCAAAACCCUAGUGGGAAGCUGGUGAGUUUUGUGGUGUCGACCACGGGGAACAUCGAGUGGGGCUGUCAGAUUGUCGGUGAAUACGAACGCGAAAUCGACGUCCAAGUGGCCGUGCUUUUCGCUGGACUCACCGAGGUGUUACACCUUCGUAAAGUGUGGCAUUUCCUCGAACACAACAACGAUGAGGAAGUUGAACUUACCGAUGACGUGGCGGUGAUUGUCGACAAGCAGGAGUUGUUUGAUUGUGUCUGGCAUAACAACUACAAGCUGAGUUCAUCUGAGCUCGUGGAGAAGUUCCAGUUCAUCCAGGAAAACCUCAACCAGAAAGAGUGGCAGUUCGCCACGGCUUCUGAGCAGGCAGCCUUCAAUUAG